GACGAUAGUUCAUAUAGACGGAAAAACAAGAACCAUUUUGACCUAGCAUAUAAGGAUAUUGAAGAAAUUCCAUGAAGUCAUUCCUACACUUUUUCUUCAACAUUUCUCGUACAUAACGCUCAGCACUAUCAAAUGGAGCUAAAACAAUCUCAGUCUUUUCAAAGAUCCGAGACGACCAGGUUUCAUCCAUUACUAUCACAUAUAAGUGAUGAUAGUCAUGAGGAUCCCAAGAGAUCAAGUUCGCAGAUUGAACAACAAGUCGAUGCUUUCUUGAGUGCCCCUAUAUUCAGCGCAGCUGCCUAUGAUCUCGUCAUUAGGUCUGCGAGCGCAAAUUUAACUGUAAUUCCAGACAUAACGCCACAGUAUGGAUUACUCGGAAUAGAAGUGGGAGAAGAAGAAGGUUGCAGUGUAGAAGCUGGGCAACGACUGCUUCUUGCCAACCUGAAUAUGCCUUGGUCCGCAUUCAUCUGCGGUUCACAAGGUGCUGGCAAGAGCCAUACAUUGUCUUGUUUGUUGGAAUCAUCCUUGUUAAAAGACAAUUCAGCAGGCGAGCUUCCAAAUCCUUUGGCUGGUUUAGUCAUGCAUUACGAUGCUUUCACUAGCAGUAAUACGAGUCAACUGUGCGAAGCCGUUUAUCUGUGUUCAUCCGGAAUUCCUGUCACAAUCAUGGUAUCACCAUCGAAUAUAUGGUCGAUGAAAAGACUCUAUGGGGAACUUUCAUUACAUAACAAUGGUGGACUUCCCCCGCGUGUCGUUCCGCUCUAUCUCGAUGAAGACCAAUUGGAUAGUUCCAGAAUUCUUAAACUCAUGGCUUUCGAUCCGAAUUCCGACACCGUACCCCUGUAUAUGGGAGCUGUCAUGAGCAUUAUUAGAGAGAUAGCUAUGUCUGGUGUUAAGUUCACGUAUACGCUUUUUCGGCAACGGCUCGCGGGUGUACGCUGGACUUCAGGGCAGGAGAUACCUCUCAACAUGCGACUUCAAAUGCUCGACACCUUUCUAGCGCCGUCUACGAAGACGAAGAUCAUGAAACCAGCCGCAGCUGAAGAAAACAUAUGGUCUUUCCAGCCGGGAUCAUUGACGAUUGUUGAUUUGAGUGAUCCUUUCAUGAGUACCGGCGAUGCAUGCUGUCUAUUCUCCAUCUGCCUCUCCAUUUUCCUUGAAAAAAGGGGCGAAUGCGGACAGGUUGUCGUAUUAGACGAAGCACAUAAAUUUCUACUUCAGUCGGGCGAUGCUAAAGUACUUACAAAUGAACUCAAGUCAGUCAUUCGACAGCAGCGGCAUACAGGAACUCGUGUUCUCAUUGCAACACAAGAGCCGACUCUGUCACCUGACUUAAUCGAUUUGGCAAAUGUGACGUUUGUUCACCGUUUUCAAUCUCCUACUUGGUAUAGCACUCUCAAAAAACAUCUAGCAGGAGCAGAUCGCGAUGAUCUGUUCCAUGAAAUCGUCGCACUUCGAACAGGAGAAGCAUUCUUGUUUUGUCCCACGGCUAGGGUUGUGGUGGACGGAAAUAUAACAAAGUGCAAACAAUUAGAUAAUCUCGGGGAAAAACGUCUGCGCAUCAGAAUGCGGCAGCGUAUUACCGCCGAUGGCGGCAAGAGUAUUAUGGCGAACGAUCAGAAAAAGAUUAGCUCUAUGAUUAUGGAAACCGUUCGCAUGCAUGUUGUCACAGGCAAAAGUUCGCACGAAAACUCGGACAAGAAAGCGAGAUCUAAUAUCCCCAAUCCGUCUUCUGAAUGCUCAAGCUCGAAACUCAUUACACCUUCAAAAAUCUCGAAUGGUCAGAAGAUUGAAACUAGCACCGGGCAGGAUAAGGGUAAGAGAGCUACAGCAGCCCCCGCGACUGUUACGUCUUCCAAUAAUCAAGUUGGGAAACGUGAUAAAAAUGACCCUAGUACCAUGGUGAACGGUAAUGCUAGUCAAAGCAGUAUUCAGCCUAGUGGCCAAAAGUCCAAUCACGAAUGUACUGAACAGCCACAAACUCAUCCAAACUAAGGCUCAGCUUAUUUCUUCCAUUGAACAACAUGUUUCAGUCGCGGUCACUGAUCCAACACUCUUAACGACAAUUGAAAUGUCAAAGACUCAAAAAAAAAAGCUCUUUCGAAUUUACCGACAGACUAUUGAACUUUUACCUGAGCUUAUAAGGAUAGACCAAAUGAGAGAGAUUUUCUUUCAACGUUUUGAAGCAGCCUUAGUGAGAAAGAGAGCGAAGUGAGAAGAAUACUCUGGUUGUUACACUGGCAUCUAGCAAUGAAUUUUUUGAUUUCGUGGAGGCUAUAUUCCAAAAUAGAUAUGUACGGCUCAGUUAAUGACUAGAAACGAUCUAGUGCUCCAACUUCAAUAUAUUCAGAGCAAUAUCCAAGAUUCUUAAUGGCUUUAAUCAAUUAAUUCAAUUGUUGGUGAAUAAUACAUCUUUAAAGCUGUCAAUUGAGGUAAAAGUGGCCCACUCGGCGAUAAACUACGUUAUAUAUAGAGUAUUAUUCUACAUCUCAACACACAUAAACUAUCAUCAUCAACCAUAUUCAUUUCGACAAGAGCAAAAUUCCCAUUAUAUUCACAAGUGUAGCGGAAUAAGUCUUUGAAGAACUCUCAUAUCAUGAUUUAUCAAAUGGGUUAUUGGGGAUUGUAUAGUAUUUUAGCACUUGUUUGAAUACGAAAUUGUAAAUCCGAGUUGGGUUGGUUACACACAUGAUUUGCUCUUUUGUAAAGCGGAAUUUGGAAUUUGGAAUUCGUGUUUGGAUGCCGAGUGAGAUAUCUUGUUUAAUCACUUGUAUGUGUAUGAUUUCACUGUCUUUCGUAAUUGAAGGAAGGAGAGGCGACGAUCCAGCGCUUUCAUGUUAAGCGGUCUACUCUUUUCAGAAAAAUUAUUAUAGAGAAAGGAGAGGGCAAAUUGGAAACAUGGAAUGACAAUAUUUCUCAUUCAUUUCCACUGAACAACCCA